AAUCCUGCUUUCAGACCCUGUGUUAACCAACUAACGGUAGAGACGCACACACAAGCACGCGUCAGUGCUACAAACACGUUUGAGAGAAACAUGCCAAGCUUGCCUCGAACCACAAACGAACUGGACAACAUGACCAGGGAAGAGAGGCCAGAACAAUCACAGAGGAAAGACUUCAAGUGGAGGCUCCAGCGCAAACUCCUGAGAAGCCCAAUGUCAGAGAAACUUAAACCUGGGGAAAGUCUGCUCUGGUCACAGUCUCUUGAAACUCUACUUCGAUCAAAUACUGGUAAAUCAAUAUUCCAGGCCUUUCUCAAGUCAGAGUUCAGCGAUGAGAAUAUUGAAUUCUGGUUGAGAUGUGAGGACUUCAAGAAAAUCAAGUGCAGCCGGAGGCUGACCUCCAGAGCCAAGAAGAUAUUUGAACGGUACAUCCAGCCUGAAGCUCCAAAAGAGAUCAACAUUGACCACAAAACCAGGGAGAUCAUCAAACAGAACGUGCAGACCCCAAACAAGUAUUGCUUUGACGAGGCCCAGAAGACUGUUUUUAGCCUUAUGGAAAAGGACUCGUACCCCAGGUUCCUUCGUUCUGACUACUACAGGACCUUUCUGGAACCAGUCUGCUAAGGGCCAAGAUUUGAAGGAAAAGACUUGAUGUGGAGACCUGAAUAACCAGGUGGCUUAUCUUUAAGGACUACAGCAGAGCUUGCCAAGGACAAUGGCAAGGGCUGGAAUUUACCCCGGGCUCGACUACUAUGGACUGGACAGCUGGACUGAUAUGGUUGCGUGGAACUCAGACAUUGGUCACUUCUGCCAUUGGACUGGCAUCAACUACUUACAUCUGCUGUUCUGAUACACUACAGAUGUAGAUGAGGAACCAACCCACAAAGCUAUAAAAGCUGUCAUUGGGACUACAGUGCCAAGUUUAUUAGCUAGUUGGUAAUUUUUGUAUAAUGGGGAAAAGUCCCAAUUAUUAUCUUUGCAUACCACAUUCACUGAUAAGUUGCUCUCAUAAGCCGUUUUUAUAGCAGUCUUUUGAGAUUACUACUUCUCACAAAAGUACAAGAUGAUGCAAGUCUAGUCUGGGUUACAUUUAUUAAGGCAAGAACCUACUCAUUAGGUUCUGCUUGCAUCAUCCACCAGUGUGAUCUGGGGUCAUGGAGAAAGUCCUCCUCUUUGUGGCUUUUAGAUAUGCUUCUUAGCAAGUCUUACACACAGACAUUGAGUAGAAAUUUCCGAUACUGUUAGACGUUUGUGGUGGACCGUCUUUGGUCACAGCGAAAUUGAACUGUCUACCGGGAGCCACCUAAAUUGGUCACUUGUGAUGGGUUUUCUCUACAUGUAAACUGCAUGUUAACAUGCCAGUCACGUUCAUUAGCUCCUUCAUAGAGUGUGUUGUUGCAUGUUGCAUUUUUAAAACAAAUGGCUUGUGCACUGUAUAUAUGUAUGUGUUUGUCUACACUGUUUAUUGUUUUAAAUUAUGGACUCCUUUUCGGGCACUUUUUUAAGUUAACGUUGGACAUUUAAGGGAUUUUCGAAUCUCCAAACAUGGCUGAAGGUCAUCUGAAGGGUCAACCUGUCUCCUAAUACUGUACAUUAUGCUCAGAUUAUAUGCAGUAACCUAUUUUUUUUUUUAUAUAUAUAAUUUAAUGUAAAACAUGACUUUUAUGUACUGUUUAAAAAUAUAUGAUGUCCUAUUGGUUUUUUAUUCAUUGUUUUAAAUUAUGAUUGCAUUACAAAUAUUUGGGAUGUUCACUGGUUGAAAUUCCCCAGUACAUAUCUAUCAAACUCGUACGUAGAUGUAGUGAAUAAAUACUGUAGAAGAA